AUGGAAAAUGUUCGGACAUUUUUUUGGAAAGCUCUCAAAAUGCAAAUAGAUUGAGACACCACCAUCGCUUGGCUCCAUCUCUCUUCCACUUCUCUGAUGAAUGCAACACAAGCUCUGACGCGGGAAGUCGUCUGAACUUUUGUCGAUGGAUAAUCUCGAAGAAAAGCCACUGGAAACCCGAAAUAAGGGGAACUCGAAGACGCCGGUAACGGACAAUUCCGCCAACGUCUCCGACUACGAUGGCGCCGCCACCGCUACGGAUUCCACGUCUUCAUCGCCUCCUCCACUUCCUUCUCCCGAAGUCAGCCCCUUCCACGUAGGUGAAAAGGUCAUUACUUUUCACUGGGAUCGACCGUACGCAGCUAGGAUUCAAAGCGCUGAGUUCGUGAUGAAACAGUGGAAGUAUUUCAUUCACUAUCUUGGUUGGAACAAAAGGUGAGUGCAUAUAUACCACACGAAGCUCCCGUUUAAUUAAAAGUCUGGGAUGAAUGGCUGCCCCCAGAACAGUUGGUAAAAUUCACCAAAGAGAACAUGCAAAUGCUGGAGGAAGUUUGCAAGGAAAAUGACAUGAACAUGAAUGAAACGGCCCAGGGCGGGCCACAAGCAAGACAACAAAUUUCGAGAGGCCCACAUGGCAAAAAGCGGAAGAGCAAUGAUGUUCAAAAGGACAAAGGCGUUCUACCUUCAGAGAAGCUUCUUCUUAACAUUCAAAUUCCACAUCAAUUAAAGAAGCAGCUAGUUGAUGAUUGUGAAUUCGUUAUGCAUUUGGGCAAGCUUGUUCUACUUCCUCGUUCUCCAACUGUGGAUGGACUGCUCAGCCAAUACAGUGACUAUCGGUUACAGAAGGAUGGAAUGAUAUCAGAUUCACUAAGGGAAAUUCUGAGUGGGUUGCAACGCUACUUCGACAAAGCACUGUACGCUUUGCUGCUCUACAAGAACGAGCGUGAACAGUACCAACAAGUAAUCACGGGCGUUGUAUAUCCUUCGUUUGUGUAUGGCGCCGAGCAUCUAUUACGCUUGUUUGUUAAGUUGCCUGAAAUGUUGCGCCAUGCGAAUAUCGAGGAGGAGACAGUAACAGUGCUUCGGCAGGAAUUGCAGGAUUUCCUGAGGUUCCUGAUGAAGAACCAGAGCUCAUUCUUCUCUUCCACUUAUGUGGAUGCUAAAGGCUCUUCUGCCUGCUAAUGCUGUGGUGGUUUUGGUUACCAAGAAGAAGAAGAAGAAGAAGAAGAAACGCCUUGCUUAAUUUUUAUCCUAAUCUCUUAACUCUUCUUUUGUAUAUAUGAAGACGACGACUACAAGCAGGCACUUGGUAUGCAAUUGUUCUUCUUAAUGCUCGUAGCCAGUGCCGCCCAAUCAUUAAAGAUGGCCCUGUGCAACUCAAUAAUUCAAGGCUCUAGGAUAUAAAAACAGGAGUGGUUU